CAGUUUCACACUCCACAUUUCCAGAGCUAGAUUGCCAUUAUAAAGAGUCAAAACUGCUGCUAGGUACAUGCUGUUACAAGGAGAGAACAAUAAAAACAUGGGUGUAAGAAGCUGUCUCCUGGCGUCUGUUCUUCUCUGCACCUGGCUUGCAGCUGCUGUGUGUGCCUCUGAGGUGGAGACCACCUGGACUGGGUCUGAAGCAGACCUCUAUCAAUCUGUACUCUGGGAGCCACACUAUGGCCAUCUUGUCAUCGCCAGAGAUGAUGCAGAUUCUCAAGAAAAGUAUGAUCGUCUCAAAGAGCAUUUAGUAAACACAGAUGUCUUCUUUGCUCAGGUGUCUUGUGGAGCUAAGAAGGAGAGCUAUGGACAAGUGUGUGCGGUCCUCAGUGAGACUAGGUAUGGAGUGAGGUCAAUGACUAGUGACAAACUGCUCGCUGUCGAUACACCUACAGAGACUGAGGAAGAGGAUAUUGCACUCAUAUUAAAGGCCUUGCUUGGAGAGAGGCUGACUCUCUUCUCCUCCUACUCUGAACUCAAGGCACUCACCUCUCAACAUGACAAUCUGUUUAUGGCUUUUGUGGUCAACACAAGCAGUUACGAAUAUGUGCAGCUGUUGAAGACCUGGACUGGUAACAACCUCCCCCUAGCACUCACUACCCAAACCACGGCCCUACCCCUCUCUCAUCGGCCCACCUUUAGCUUCAAGGCCCUACCGAUCCAUAUCUGGUCUCUGCUACGCUCUGGAGACCAAUGGCUCAAGUUUAAUCAUGGCGGCAUGAAAAACCUUGAUGAAGAAGCUAAGAACUUGUUUAACGAGAAGCUCUUCAAUUUUGUGGACCGGCUUCAAUAUCCCAUUGUUGCGGAGUACAGUGCAGAGUUGGAGAAAGAGUUGAGUGUCAGCAACUACCACCUUGUGUACAUGUUCCCUGGGGUCAAAAAAGGGCUCGAUCUCAAUACAUUUGCACAAACUCUGGCUCGAUCCACUUACACAGACUUCGUGUUCAUUAUUGGCAAAAGGAAAACUGAGAUAGCUGACCGGCUAUUUGUGGACAAGAAGAAAUCUCAGGUGGUGAUUUUGCCAUUCGCAAGUGAAGAGGACAUGUUUGCUGUGGACAUAGAGACCUCUGAUAUGAAACGAGAGACCGAACAUUUCAGGGGGAUCUUGGAGUCUGUUGCUCACGACCACCCCAGAACAGAGGAGGGCUUAUUGGAGGAGACUGGUCCCCCUCUUGUCUCCGUGCUGGACACAAUGUUCUUGCAGAGUAUAGUGGAAGAGAAGCAGUCCCAUGUCCUUGUGGCAUUUUGUGAGAAAGGCAAGCCUUCGUGUCCUGGUGAUGUGUACGAGGUGCUGCGCAAUGUGAUGGUAGCCCUUCAGGCAGAUGAAAUUAAAGGCCUGAUCACCUCUCUUGUUGCUCAUGUAGCCGAGUGUGACUCAGUUGAGGAUAUUCAAUCGUACGGGUUCAAAAGCCUCCCAGCUUACGGCCUGUACAACUUCACUAGGAACAAGUGGACCAAGAUGGAUAAAGAGCUGACAGAACCUUACCAAGCCAUGGCUCUACUGGUCCUCAAAACUGGAAUAGAUGCAUUGUUAGAGCUGGAUCUCGAUUCAGCUGAUGAUUUGGACUACACUAGCUCCCCGUUUGGCUACGAAGACGUUGUCUCGUCCCCACUAAUUGAUGACGAUCAUUUUGGCAUUGUCCUCAAAACCCUACCCACUGUUCAACUACCGCGGGACUUAUCUCUCACUAGCAACAACUUUGAUGCCCAUAUCAGUCAGUACGAGAAAACUGUGGUCAUCUUCUACAUGUCUUGGUGUCCUCGCAGCCAAGUGUUUCUGAACCACGUGGCAGCAGCUUAUGAGAAAUUAGACAAAGCCCAGAAUGGUAGUGUGGCUGUGGUGAGCUGUGAUGAAUGGACUGACCUGUGCACUCGUAUGAAUGUCCUCACUUACCCUACGGCCCUCCUCCUCACACCUCACACCCUCCACACGCCCACAUCCCUCACAAGCCUCGACACUCCUCAUAUCCUCAACGCCCUCGGGCAAUAUCCACUGGACACAGACAAUCAAGACAAGCUGAUGGAGCUGACACCCAGCUCUCUGCCGAGUCUACUGAGGGGAGAUCUGACCACACCCCUUGUUAUAUGGUGUGACAAAGACGUAACUUCUGAGAAGGGGGUGGAGUUUAUUCAAGUAGCACUAAAGUUGAAGGAUCAAUCGAACCUAUCAUUUGCUUGGAUGGACAGCUCAAGGUACACUGAUCUAUUGCUCAAGAUAAUCGGAAAUGACCAAAUCAGCUUUCCAACAGUGGUAGUUCUUCAGAUGGCCGAGCGCAAUGUGUACCAGUUCUCUGUUAAGGAGGGCCAGACUGCUCAGGAGUUUGAACUAGGUCUGGAGACAUUCCUCACAGCCGUUGCCAACGGAGACGCACAACCCUCUGGUUCCUUGGGUGAGAAGAGUUGGCCUCCUCUGCAGCCUCCUGUGACCUUCCCCUCUUUGGACUACGAAGAUGAGGCAGCUGAACGAGAGCCGAUGGGAGAAGGGGACCCUCAGAGUGGGGAUUCCCCUACCAAUGGAGCACAAUUAGACACGCCCACCCUACCAGGUGGCGGGGAUUCCCCUAAUGGAGCCAGAUUAGACACAGAACAGUCAAUGCAUUCUGAACUAUAGGCCAUAAAACAAUUAUCAUGAUAGGUUUAUAGUAUUAUCAACAAUUUACAAUUUCUACUCAGUUCAUACAAAUUUAUUGAAUGAAGUAUAAUGAAUUAUCAUGGUAAGA